AUGGGUCACAUCGACGAAGAGGAGCAGAAAUACCUGCAAGACGUCGAGGCCGUCAAGAGCUGGUGGAAGGACAGCAGAUGGCGCUUCACAAAACGACCAUACACAGCUGAACAGAUUGUCCAGAAGCGAGGGACCAUCAAAAUCGAAUACCCCAGCAAUGCACUCUCAAAAAAGCUAUGGAAUAUUAUGGAGCAGAAGUUCGCCGCCCGCGAAGCCAGCCCAACAUACGGCUGCCUCGAGCCCACGAUGCUCACCCAGAUGAACAAGUACCUAGAGACAGUCUACGUUUCCGGCUGGCAAUCGUCCUCGACAGCCUCAUCCACUGAUGAACCCUCGCCCGACCUGGCAGACUACCCCAUGAACACCGUACCCAACAAGGUCCAACAUCUCUUCAUGGCCCAGCUCUUCCACGACCGCAAACAACGAGAAGAGCGCCUCACCACACCCAAAGAACAGCGCUCCAACGUCGCUAACGUGGACUACCUCCGCCCCAUCGUCGCCGACGCCGACACCGGCCACGGCGGCCUGACCGCCGUAAUGAAACUCACCAAACUCUUCGUCGAAAAGGGCGCCGCAGGCAUCCACAUCGAAGAUCAAGCCCCCGGCACCAAGAAGUGCGGGCACAUGGCCGGCAAAGUCCUCGUCCCCAUCUCCGAACACAUCAACCGCCUGGUCGCAAUCCGCGCCCAAGCCGACAUUAUGGGCACCGACCUCCUCGCCGUGGCUCGAACAGACUCGGAAGCCGCAACACUAAUCACCACGACUAUCGAUCCGCGCGACCACGGCUUCAUCCUCGGCAGCACAAAUGCCAACCUCCAGCCCCUUAACGACCUGAUGAUCGCCGCCGAGGCGCAAGGCAAGAACGGCGCCGACCUCGAGGCCAUUGAGUCCGCGUGGAUGGACUCCGCGAACCUGAUGCUCUUCGACGACGCCGCGGGCCUGAUCGAGAAGUACAAGUCCUCCGUGAAGGGCAAGUCCAACUCCGAGAGCCGCGCAAUCGCCAAGGGCCUCACGGGCGUGGAUAUUCACUGGGACUGGGAUGCACCUCGGACGCGAGAGGGGUACUAUCGCUUCCAGGGCGGCUGUCCUGCGGCUAUCAACCGUGCGAUCGCGUAUGCGCCGUACGCGGAUAUGAUCUGGAUGGAGAGCAAGCUGCCGGAUUAUGCACAAGCGACGGAGUUUGCGGAGGGCGUGCACGCUGUGUGGCCGGAGCAGAAGCUGGCGUAUAAUUUGUCGCCUUCCUUCAACUGGAAAGCAGCCAUGCCCUCCGCCGAGCAAGAGACCUACAUCCAACGCCUCGGCCAGCUCGGCUACUGCUGGCAGUUUAUCACCCUCGCUGGCCUGCACUCCACGGGUCUGAUAAGCGACCAGUUCGCGCGAGCGUUCGCGAAGCGCGGGAUGAGGGCAUAUGGAGAGUUGAUCCAGGAGCCGGAGAUGGAUGCGAAGAUCGAUCUGGUCACGCAUCAGAAGUGGUCUGGGGCGAAUUAUGUGGAUAACUUGUUGAAGAUGGUUACGGGUGGGGUUAGUAGUACGAGUGCUAUGGGGAAGGGCGUUACUGAGGACCAGUUUCAUUGA